AUGGAAUUCUGGAAUAUGGCCAUCAGAAUCAUUUUCUUAUUACAAACUACAAUUGGAAUUCUGGGAAAUUUCUCUUUUAUUUUCUACUACCUUAUCCUUUACUGCAGACAGGGCACAUUAAAGCCCACAGAUUUGAUUCUCCUGCACAUAAUGGCAGCCAAUGCCUUGAUCAUUCUUUCCUUUGGAGUAUCUAACACAAUGACAGCUUUUGGGUUGAAGCAGUUUUUGAAUGAUUUUGCAUGCAUAUUCCUGAUAUUCAUUCAAAAAUUUGGCAGGAGUGUGUCCAUUGGCUCCACCUGCCUUUUGAGUGUCUUCCAGGCCAUGACCAUUAGUCCCAGUGAAUCUUGUUGGAAGGAUUAUAAACACAGAGCUGCCAAGUACAUUGGCUCCUCCAUUUCUGGCCUCUGGAGCUUUUCUAUGUUGAUAAAUAUCUUUUCCUCAAUGGAUAAAUUUAUCAGUAGGAAUAGUGAAAAUGUGACAAGAAAACGAGAUUUUGGAUAUUGCACUAUUGUUUUCCAUAAUGAAAUCAGUGAGUUUCUCUAUGCAGUAUUGGUGAUGUGCCCUGAAGUCUUUCUUUCUGUGCUCAUUGCCUGGUCCAGCAUGUCUAUGAUUAUCAUUCUGUACAGACACAAGCAGAGUGUUCAACACAUCCGAAGCACUCAUGGUUCCAGCAGAACCUCCCAUGACUCCAGGGCCACCCAGAAUAUCCUGCUCCUAUUCUCUUCCUUUCUGGCUUUUUACACUCUCUCCUUCGUCUUACGAGGCUGCAUUGCUCUUUUUCGUAAUCAAUAUAUGUGGUUGGUGAACAUCAAUCCUGCCAUUUCUUUGUGUUUUCCAUGUUUUGGACACUUUGUUAUUAUGAAUCCUUGCUCAUUUUUGUCCAGGCUUAUAUGGUUUGGAUCAGAAAUAAAAAAUAUUUAA